ACCCCCACCCUUCCGCCACCUGGCGAGUGUUGAGAAGAGAGCCGCCUUGCUGCUGGUCUAACUGUCGGUGCACGCGCGGCAUCUGCAAGCUCUCUCAGAGCCACUGCCCGCACCACCAAUGCCGCUAAGCUUUUGAAGACGUGCAAGAGAACUCCAAGCGCAUCUUGAGCUACAAAAACCUGGUUUGCCAAGUGAGAAAAAGAAAUCUCCAUUUGAAGAGGUCAAGCAUUUUUGUUUUUGACAGGUGUGGGAAACCACCCAUGCCAGAAGUCUCUUUCUUGAAGGUGGACUGAGCAAAUUGUGUCGCUGACAGACAAAUUGAAUUUUAAAAAAGCCGGCCUGCGGAUGGUCAUCGCCAUGAGAUAGCCUCAGCUGCUGCCAUGGUGUAAAACACCAACUAACUGCGGAUGGUCAAGCCACACGAGUGCAAAAGACGAGAAGGGAAUGUACUAGACGCUGUAAGUACUGCGCGCUGUGCUGCAAGUGCUGCGACGAACGUGCCGCGGCAAACAGAGGCACUAAGAGACAGACCACGAGGUAGGUCUGUGUUAGAUACCUCUAGACAGUACAUGGCAGAUGAGGUGUUUUUUAACACCCCCCGUGCAUCAUUCCGCCUAUCUGUAGGCUGCUGCUAAUGACAAGCUCGCGAUCCCAGUAACGCUAUAACCAACGAGUGGCAGCUCUGUGGCUGUUCUUGGCAAAGCUUCCACCUGCCUGCUGGCGCCUGGUUCAUUCAUCGCUGUUGAUUACUUCCCCACAAUAUAUUUAUAUCGUAUAUUUUACUCUUAUGUUCAAUGCCAGGAGCGUUAAUUUAAGCAUCUCGGCGUUGUUCACUUGGGAGAGAUGUGCCUACAUGCAAAAUGAAACGUUUUCGUUACCAAAGACGGAAGGAGGAGAAGAGAGGACGACGAAAAGUGAUAUGUGAUGGAAACUGUGCGAGGUGCGAGUGCUGAGGCGAGCUUCGGUAAGAAACGAGAGGGGAGGACAAACCGAGACGUAAAGCAAGCAAAGUGAACGCAGCGGGCAAGAGGCCAUGGCGCUGAUGACGUCAGGCAGGCGCCUGUUGGUGCUGACUACCGUGCUGUCCAUGGGGCGCCUGGUGCUGCCGGCCGCGGGGCUGGACUUCCACGGAAUGGAAGACAACUGUAUCCUGAGUUUUGUGGUGCCGCGUGACAAGGUCAAGUCGUCGUGCGACAUGGAGGAGCGCGUGACGCGGCGCCUGAACGCCAUGGAGACCAAGGUAGCGCUGUAUAAGCAACACAUGCAGGAGCUGCAGGAGCAGCUACAGAAGGAGCGACAGAUCAACAGCGAACGGCUGCACCAGAUGGAGGAGCGGGUCAACCGGCAGGUCAAGCCUGUUCAGGAGACAGAUGGCCUCCUACAGAAGCGCAUUUUGUCGCUGGAGGAGGAAGUUAGGAAACUGCGGGCGGCGCCGGCAACAUCAUCGUCGUCGUCGUCUUUCCCCUCGUCAUCUGCUUUUCAUAAGGAAGUUAUAUCCAACAGCCUGCGGGACUCAGAGGCCAUAGUGGUGAGUGGACGAAGUCUGGACGAACAGAAGACACUGCAAAGCCUGGUGAAGGCGCUGGUGCACUCGGAGGUCAAGGUCUUGCUUGACAAUUACACACAAUACAACCAGGUCAUCAACGUCGUGCCCCGCGUGGACAGCACGCGCAACUGGGAGGUGCAGGAAGAAGGGAGGGGAGAGGAGGGAGGUAGGGAAAAGACCCUGGUAGCAGACGACAGUCACUCACUGACGACUGCACCGGCUGAGCUACGAGCGGAUUCCACCAAGAACUUAGCUCUCACCGACGAUGUAACCAACAUCGUCGAGCAGAUCAACUCGACAAGAAGGCAGAUAACGGAGGAAGUGGAGAUCAUCUUCAGGAACAUCACAUCGGGCCCCGUGGUGUUGGAGACAACGGCACUCGAGAAAGGGGACGAAUCUUCCCGCAAGUCGCCAGACACGGGCGAGGCGGGCAGUGGCACGGUGCCUGAGAACCUCGGUGAGGUCAGCGGGGUUCUGACCUUCACCGACGCGGACAACGGUCCCACGGAACACACCACACAGACCAACUUGCACGUGCCCACCGGUGAGGUCAUCGUCAAAGAGGUCGCGGACGCUCCUCAGGCUCGCAUGCACGGCAAAGGGGGCAAGGCGACUGCAGACGGCCAGGGACAAACGGCCGUGCAGCAGGGGGAGCAGCAGAAAACUGACCGCAGCCAACAGGAGGAGAGCAUGUUGCGCGAUCACAGUCAGCUGCUUCAGCAAAACGAGCUGCUGAAGACGGAGAUCCAGCGCAUCCUUCAGCAGAAGAUGGACGAGAUCCUGGACCUGGUCUCCAAGCGCUAUGCUGUGGUGCAGUCACGUUUAGACGACCAGGAGAAGCGCUUGCAACAACUGGAGCAGCGAAUGACGGACAGCGUUAAGCAGUUGGAAGAGAGUGUGAAAGGGCUGCAGCUGGAGAUGACGUCAGCAUCUCAAGGCAUCCAGACUGUCUUCGCGCGCACCGAGGGCCUAUCUGAGCUACAGGAGACGGUGAAAGACCUCAAGAAAAACAUGACUGUGGAGGGCGGAACUCGCUACCUAGAGGCCUUGAUAGACGAACAUAACAAGAAGGUGCGGAAGCUGGAGCGCCUGACGGCGGUGUACCAACAGUCGAUGGAGCAUUACCGCAAUGAGUCCAAGAUGGAGUAUCGCGACUUGACGGAGCGCAUGAACAAAGAGGCCGGCGUGGUCAAACUCCUGCACCAGUCCCUGUACGACAACAUUACCAGUGAUGUCCAACAGGCGACCAGCCACCUCAACACCUCUUUCAAACACGCCGCCGAUGAAGUCAGACAGCGCAUGCAGGUGAUGGAGGACAGCAACCUGCUGCUGCAGAUCGACUUGUCUAGCUUCGAGAGGCAGCUCAAGUCCAAGACCUCCAAACUGGAGGACAGCUUCAAACAGCUGGAAGUGGAUGUCAACGACAUCAAGCAGAAGACCCGGAACCUGCAGAGAAGCAUGGGAAGCCUGGAGUCCACGCACGACCAGCUGGUGCAGGCGUCCAACGCCACGUCCAAGGAGGUGGCAACGCUCAAAAUGGAGGUCAAGCUUAAUGUGCUGAACGACUGGCUUCCGUACAACUUCGACCAUGCCAAGUCACGCACUGACUGCUUCGGGGACCAGUUCGUGCGACGCUCCACUUUCAAGACCGGUCGACUGGUAGGAGUCGUGCUGUGCAGCCGCGAUCGCUACAAGAUCUUUCUGGGCCAGAGUCUGACGGAUACCUUCAAGAACAUCGGUGACGACGUUGGCAUGGGAGAAGACCACUGCCAGUUCGUGGGCGCUACGGAUGUUUCUAAGGUCAAAGUCAGCCCAUUCGCUUCUUCCAUGGAAACUGAGCAAGGUUACGUGCGCGCGCACUGGGGAGAGGAACCCAGGCCAGAACUGAUCAGCUUCAUCAGACCCUCGCCCUUGUGGUACGAAUGCGGCGUGUCUGUCCCAUGACCUGCUCCUCGAAGCCGGCCUGUCAGGCGUCAACGAACUAGGCCCAAGCUUCGUGUGAGAACCCGCAGGCAGCUGUAAUAACCAGGCCUUUGUUUCGGCCCGUUUGUUUACUCUUCCCCUCCUACCACCCACACCAAGUGUGCCGUCUUGGAAGGGCGGUGCAUCCGGAUACCAGCGCAAGAAGCAAGUUGGGACCGAGGUUGUGAGAAUAUACAGUCGCACCCUGUUUGACGAGCAAGGCGUGCUGCCCGCUCUUGAGGGGGACGGUGGUGAGGAAACAGUUCCUACCUAACCGUAACUCACCCUUCUUUCGGCAGCAGAUGUAGCUGUUCUGCGGCAGUUUUCCGCCGCUUGAGUGACCAGUGGCCUUCAUGUGCAACAGAAGUAGUGACGUGGACUCGCAGAUGGACUUGCCGCUAUGUCCCGGUCAUGACCACAGCUUGUCGCGUGUCACCAUCGCCCCCCUCCUUCUCGCCUACGUUGGUGUUACAGGAGGGCAGUGUAUCAAGCGAUGCCACUACGUCUGUCUCACAGCUUGCUGGAGCACCAAAAGGGUGUCCUACAUAUUCGGAGUGGAACGAGCGUUCGAAAAAAAGGAGGAAGGGGGAACCAAGUGCCACAGGAGGACAAAGCACCGCCGGAGGAUUUGAAGGCCAAAAAGUAAUAUAGACAAUAAUAUACGCCCCUAUAUUUUAGUCGUGUUAUGAGGAUUUUUAGCAUUACGGGAACUGUGAUGAGGCACUAGACAGGUCACAAUAAGCUAGUAGUGCAUGAAGUGCUCUGAGAGUACACAUGAACGCAGUCUUUCCUCUCUAGUGAAAUGGCAUUGUAUACAGGCUUGUCGCAAUAGACGGAAAGGGCAAGCAGGUGACUAGCAACGUGACUGCACGUGUAUCUCCGUUUCUUGCAAUGUGUUCCUUCUUCUCGGUGUCUGCUGGAAGGUACUGCAAUUAUUGUUUAUAGAUUUGAAUACCUGCAGACAUUUUCAAGCCGAGCAGUCAAAUAGAUGUACAGUACUUGUUUGUUUGUUGCGAUAGCUAAUUAAGCUAUGUGUUUAUUUUUUUUUUUUCUUCAUUCCCAACUCCCCUACCCCCUCAACACCACUCUCCUCAAACUAACGUCACUUCUGUACUAAUGUACAUUAAUGUAAUGUUACUAAUGUACAUUAAAAUAUUGCUUAUUGUAAUGUUUA